AACAGGCUAAAAAGUAUGCUGUGGAACAUUUAUCUAAUGAUGGCUCAUUUAAUAUAAAAGUAGCUAAACAACGGGAUGAUUUGAUAAGAGCUCAAAUACAAUCUCGACAUAAAAAUGCCAUACUAUACGAUGUCUGGGUACAGUACGAUCAAAAAGAAAUUCUUGGUUGGUACUGCCGAUGUCCGAAUGGUUGUCGUGUAGUAGGUUGUUGCUCUCAUAUUGCCUCUGUGAUUUGGUAUUUAUCGUUUGCUCGAUAUCAUCCAGAAGCUCUGAGAGAAUCAGCUUCUUCAUAUCUAAAUUCACUAACCGAUGCACAGAACUAUUCAGAUAUUUCUGAUGACGACGGAAAUGAAAGUGAUGAUGAUAAUUCUCAAAUCUUAUAUACUCUUGCUUAA